UCCAGAUAGGAUGAACAAAAUGAAAGAUAAAGGAGUUAUAAAUCUACAUUUAAACCAUUUACGUACACGACGAAAUGGGAUACAUGCGUCAAUCUUUGUCGGUGUUGGUUUAAAUAAUCGUUAUGCCUCAUGUGGCGAUGUGUAUACACUGAACAUAUCCUCUUAUUUUUUUCCGCAUUCUUAUUGCCGUUUUCUAGAAAAUUACAGGAAAAUGAGGACAUUUAUAUUUGAAAAUUGAAUGGCUUGUAUUUUUGAUGUGUGGGAUAUACUCGUACAUAUUUUGAAAUCGCAAACAAUGGGCGCAUUGUGAUAAAAACUUUUAAUUAACCAACAUGGCUACCAAUUGCAGUGACGAGGUACAAUUGGCGUCCUUAGAGUUGUGUGAUCCAUGCUUUUCUAACUGUAAAGAAAUACUUGCAGUUCUGUACUGUCUAGAUUGUGACGAGAAAUUUUGUGAGGUAUGCGGCACUUGUCACGCGAAAUCCAAGUUGAGUAAGGAUCACAAAUUGUCGAAGGUUGCAGAAGCACCGUCUGGCAAUGUCGUCAAAUUGCUGAAAAAGCUCACCACGUGCCCCAACCAUAAGUCCGAAGAAGUAGUUUACAUCUGCAUUGAUGAAGACCAACUCUGCUGCAACCAAUGUGCUAAUACGAGUCACAGAGCGUGUCGGCAGUUGGAAACAAUUGAGCAAUACAUGACAACAGCGAUACACAACGAAACCAUUACACAUCAAAUGACGAAUGUACCCAACGUAGCAAUUGCAAUUGAGGUUCAGGCGAGACCAAGAAAAAAGAUAAGUAAGAAGAUUCUACCAGAGGGAACUGUCCUUGAAAAUUUGACUGAAAUGGAAAGGCAAUUAGCAGAGAUUUUGAAACAAGACGCAAAUGAACGCUCCAUAGUAGCCGACAGCGCUUCAAGAGUUACUGCUUACCUUCAGGCUGUUCAGGCCAAGCUGGAAUCAGCGUUCAACUCCCUCAAGAUUGCAGUAAUGUCUCAAUGUGAAAUGCAAACUCGUAUACCUUUACAAAACAUCGACAUGCGACAGACGACUAUUACUAAUCUACGAGAUCGAAUAAGCACUAAUCGAGACAACAUUGAUUCAAUAAAUCGACAUGGAAAUGAUAAGCAUGUUUUUCUUCUGCGUCGUGAAGUUACUAAUGAUAUACAGGAUAUUGAAAGCCGUAUUCGAGAAUUAAACCAACGCAAGGCAGCGUCCAAAAUUGAAGUUGUGGAGCAAACUACUGUGGACAAUAUCGUCCGAACUAUCACAGGCGCUCUUCGAGUACAACCAUGCGGCGGCGGCGCAUAUUUAAUCAGUCGUAAAAAAGGCUACAAACAAGAAUAUGAAUACGAUUCAUAAGCAUUACCAGACAUUGAAAGAAAGACGCAAACUCUGAAGAGGGAUAGGAAAGGAUGAAGAUAAAGAUAUCUUAUAAUAGUUCCCAAGAGGUAUAGCAGCUAAAAUAACGUGAACUAAUUACAUUUAGACAAUGACUUCAUAGCCUAUUAGUCCCGUAGCAAAUAUAUGGGAAAACAAGACCGAAUAUAUUCUUUGUUGAAACGAAACCCUUUGAUUAUGAAAUAACAUAACUUCAUGCUUACAUAUUUAAAUGAACCAUUACCUCCACUGUGUGCUUUUAAAAACUUUAUUUUUUCUAACAAUAUAAUUAUGCAUUUGUUUGUUCGGUGACUUAUUAUAGGCGCCGUGAGGUAAUGUUCGCCCUUAAAGCGGGUAAUCCAAAAUGCUUUGUUAUGACUGUUUCCAACGAGUAAAUUGAGAUUUUAAGAUUACAUUUUUGUUUUGCUGAAAGUACUUUCUGGACUGAUACAACAAUACAUUUUCUGAUGAUUUUCCUGGAGUUUCAUUUUAACCCAAUUUUAUUCUGAAACCACAGUGGUUUUACAGUUGUUAUUUUAUCUCGUCAUUUUAUUCGCUGUGUAUUUGUAUCAACAUUUAUGCAUGUAAAGUUUAUUGUUUUAUCCUCUUGUAAACAUUGUUAAUAUGAAAAUUUUUG